AGUCUAUCCUAAUUAAUUGUGUCCGUAUGUUUUAAGAUAUUUAUAUAUAGUGAAAUAGACAUCGUUCAACCAGAAUGCAGAAAACUGUCAUAUUUCUUAUGUUACUGUCAUAUUGUGUGGCAAGAAGCAUACACGAUGGGAGAGAUGUCAUAGAUACGCCAAUGGAAUCAAUUGCAGCACCCAGUGACAUUGAAGUAAUCGAAGAAGUUGUUGAAGAGAAUUCUGCACCAAUUGAACAACAGAGCGACAUCGAGGAUGAGCCGGUAAAUGCUGACAACUCAAGGAAAUUAUUUAGUACCACGACCACCGCUGCUACCGCGGCUCCAGCUAGACCCUUUACGCAGACUGUAGAUUUAUUGCUUGUUCUAAAUUCAUCGCUUAUGACGGCGCGAAAGGGAAGUUAACUUUUCACGGAUAUUGACUGUCAUCGUCAGCGACUAGAAGAAACUGUUGGCUCAGAAUAAUGUGGUCUUAUACGUUCAAUUCAAUGUUAAACU